AUGGACUCUGAAUUACAAGCUUUGAGGGAGGCUCGGUUGGCAGAACUGAAGAGAGCCACGGGAGGAAGUGCCGCUAGUGGUGGUAAUAGUAAUGGUGGAGGAAGCAAUAAUGGUAGCAAUGAACCAAUCGGUGCAUCUAUAUCUAGAUUUUUAGAACCUGAGGCGUUUGAGAGACUGACCCGAGUUUCCCUAGUAAGACCUGAUCGUGCGCAAGCUGUGGAACAAUACUUAAAACAGAUUAUCUCGACAGGACAAUUACAACACAAGGUAAAUGAAAAGGAAAUUGUUCAAAUCUUGAAUGGUAUUGCUAAGGAACAAAAUAAGAAGAAUGAAACCAAGAUUAUCUUUGACAGAAGGGAAACCGUGGUUGAUUCUUCGAGCCAUCUUCAAGGGGAAGAAGAUGAUGAUGACGAUUUCUUCGAUUGA